AUGCAUUAUUAAUAAUUGUAAUAAAAUUCCCCAAAUAUUAAAUGUCAAUAUGCUUAGCAUGAAGAAAUGCCAUGUAUAUAUAUUUGCAUUGAUAGUAACUGCAAAAAAAAAAAAAUCGCUUGUUUUCGUUGUUUUUAAGAAGAAGAAUAUCAUUAAAAUCAUCAAGGAAUAACAAUUGAAGAGUUUAACUAAAAAGUUCAUUAUAGAUUAGAGAACAUUAACAAAUUGUUAAGCACUCUAAAAACUUUUUAAGAGAAAAAUGCAGAAUUCAAUAAAUUGAUAGCAGGUUAGGUAGACUAUGCUAAAAAACUUAUUAUGGAGGGUGAAAAGUAUUAAUAAAUAAGAGAACUAUAAAAAGAAGAAAAAAUUCACUUUUAUUUCAGGCUAGAUUAAGAUCAUUAUGCUCCAUAUUUGCAAUAACAAAUAGACAAAAUUAUACAAAUAAUCCAGAAAAUUUCUAAAUUAUCUAAAAUAAAUUUUUAAUUUGAAUAUAAUGAAGAGGAUAUUAAUAAGAUUAAGAAUAAUGUUAUUAACAAAUUUAGAGAGAAAAAAGAAAAAGAAUAUUUAAUAGAAGAAUUAAAGAAAAAAUCUAUAAUUGAUUAUUAACAAAUGUUAAAUGUAAAAGUGAGCCCUGAAGCUUAUUAUUACGAUGCCAUUAUAGAAUUAAAUAAAGGAUUAAAACAAUGUCCAACUAAUUGCAAUUUAAUUUCUCUCAAAUGUACAUGUCUAACAAAUUUAAAAUAGGUUGAGAAGGCCAUUUAAUUUAAUGAAUAUGCUUUUUAAAUUAAUUAGAAUGAUGAAACGGUUCUACUGUUUAGAGCUAAAUUGAAGAUGGAAGCAGAGGAAUAUGAUGAAUGCAUAAAAUUAUAUGAUCUGGCAACUGAACCUAAUAAGUAUUUAGCAUAUUAUAAAUGUAUUUCCUUGUUAUUUAUUUUAGUGGAUUCAUUAAAAAAAUAGCAAAGGGUAGUAGAGUUCGAAAAAUUUUAAAAUGAAUGCCUAAAAUUAUUCGGAAAUGAGUUUAUGAAAAAUUAUAAGACUCAUGAAGUAGGGUCAGGUCAAAUCAAGAGUUAGCAAUUACCUUCAUAACUAUAAUGGUGA